CGCCUCACAACCUCAUCACCCUCAUCUCUCGCCUCUCUCUCUCUAUCUCUCUCGCCUCUAUUCAAACGGAGACCGAAAAAAAAGCCUAAUCAAAGCGCCGCCGCUCAAUCCUUCUCCCUCGUUUUGCUUCUCCGAACCAGAAACCCUCUGGUGUCUCAUCCCACAAUCGCCGCCAUUCCUCACCUCCCUCUUUCUCCUGCCUUCUAUCUAGAAAUCGCGACCGAAAGAAAAGGAGGAAGACCCGACCUUGGUCUCUCCAUCUCUUCUCGGCCCUUCUCUUUCCAAAAAGAAAACAAACCGCCUCCUCCCCUCUGUGAACAAAAUUUGCCUCUCUCUCUCUCUCUCUCGGGUAAUAACGAGAGCGAAGGCGAAUGGAAAGGCGGCGACGGGAAGACUAGCGUAGCCUCGACGGCGACGACUGAUUGAGGGGUUUUCGAGUCUCUGUUUUCGGUGGGGAGGAAGAGAGGCGACACGAGGCGGUGACUACGGGCUUCGAAACCAGCAAGGGCGGCCUCAGGACAGACAGACAAACGGCGUUUAGAUCUGGGAAUAGUAGUCGACGGAGACGGUAGCAGAGGCUAAAGAUUUGGGCUUGGGGAAGUACGGUUUUAGCUUGUUGUGUGGUGAGCCUUGAGUGGCCCUUUGAAGAGGUGGCUGAUACCGACUUGCAGGAGGAAGCAAGCUUUUUUCUUGACCUUUGGAAUAGGAUAUGGAUUAGGAAAAUGGUACUAUUUAGAGUGAAGCCAUGUCAGAAUUGUUGAAUCAAUUCGAAUACAUUCUCGAUUAUGAUCCCCUCAUCAACGAAGUAGGGUUCAUUCACCCUUCGCAAUUUGCGACAUUGGAGAAAGAUUCUGAAUCUGGUAGCUCACGAUUGAAAGCCUCGGAUGCGCUGGAUGGUGGAGAUGGGAGCUUCUGGAUUCGUGAUCACAAGCUGGGCAUUUCUUCGGAGGUUGUUCUCCGAUUGUACAAGGCUGCCAGAGAACAAUUCAUGAAUGCAAUUGCAGAAUACAAGAAACUCGGCGACCUAUCUCUUCCUUCUGCUGAAGCUCUAGGAAUUGUUGUUAUGAAAUGCAGCAAAACACUUUUGUUGUUAAACUCUGAUUUCGGGACUGCUUGGAAUUCCAGAAAGUUAAUCUUAUCAAAUAAGACACAAGCGUCGAUGUUCACAGACGAGCUCCGCUUAUCUACCCUUGUCCUUUCGUAUUCAACCAAGAGCGAGCAAGCAUGGAGCCAUAGGAGGUGGGUGAUCAAGAAUAUGGCCAGAAAUCUUACAACUUUGCAAGAGAUUUUGAGUGGAGAAUCUGACCUGGUGGAGAAGAUAGCAGAGAGAUCAAAGAUGAACUAUCGUGCAUGGAAUCAUCGCUGCUGGUUGGUUUCUUACAUGGAUAGAGAACAGAUGAUACAGGAACUGAAGCAAUCCAAAACGUGGGCUGGGUUACAUGUUGCUGAUCAUUCUUGCUUUCAUUAUCGCAUGCGACUAAUCAUUAGAAUUUUAGAGGAUUGCUGCCGUAAGCAAGAAGAGGGGUCUUGUGAUUCUUGUGUUGAAGUUUAUCUGAUCUGGCAGGAGGAGCUUGACUGGAAUGAAGAAUUAAUAAAGCGUUAUUUAGGAAGGGAGGCUCUAUGGCUCUACCGUCGCUUUCUCUCCUUAUUAUGGAUAAGGCAUUUCACAAGCGAUGUCAAUGACGUGUUUUCCCCACAAAAAAGCCAAUCUAGCAUCCAAGUGAACGUCAAUGCGUUUUUAGAUAAGGAGUUGCUCCUCGUCAAUUCAUGCUCGGAAGGAAGUGAUGAUGAGUUUGAAGAUUUUGAAGAACAAGCAAUUUGUUCAGCAUCUUACAUGUUAUGGUUGACAAAGCAAAUCCCUGAAACCCAGAAGUUAGAACUGAGGGAGAAGAUAGAGAAUGAGCGCUUGGACGCCAUGUUGAAGUUGGUGUCCCUGAGAGGUCCUCCAUUUGGGGCUAUCUAAGAUUAGUAAGUCUAUUUGGCUGCCAUGUACACUGGAAGUGGAUGGUAUUAAUUUGUUGGACGAAUUGUCAUUGAAUUGAACCGUGUAAAGGUAACAAACUACAGUAACAAAUAACUGAAUAGUUGUCCACUUAAAAAUGAUCAUGAUUUCGCUCGUCUUUGUUUUGUCAAAAGACUCAAAACAUGAAUGGGCGGCGUUGCAGUUACAGCUGGAAG